AUGUCGGAUCUAGAGAACAAUGUUUUAGAGUUGGAACACGUCAUUGGAUAUACAGGAAAAUAUGGUCAUACAAUUUCUAUUCAUCCUCGGAAUAGUAAAUAUAUUGUAUAUCCCAUUGGAGGAGUGUUGGUAGUUGGAGAUACAACAGAUCCUCAUAAUCAACAAUUUUUAACCGAGCACGAUGAAGAGAUUACUUGUGUGGCUUUGACCAAUAGUGGACGAUUAUUAGCAACUGCUCAAAUGGGAACAACAAAGAGAAAAGGCCAAAUGGCAACCGUGAUUGUUUGGGAAUUGGCAAAAAAGAAGGUGCUAUUUAGAAUUGAGAGUCAUCUUAAUCGAGUCAUGUCUUUAUCUUUCACUCAUGAUGAUAAAUUUCUUGCAGUUUCAGACGGCUCGGGAAAGGUUUCCAUAUGGGACACACAAACUGGACAGCUUGCUGGAGGAUCUAAAAUCGAUCGUCCAGCGUUCUUUGUGGCAUCGUCACCACUCACUCCCGAUUUCAAUCCGAGACGACCUUCCUAUACUUUUAUCAUUGCCACAGACAAUUCCAUUCAAGUGUGUUCAUGGGCCUACGAGGCAAAGGCCAUGCAAUUUGUUCUUUCAACCCGCGUAUGUCAGCUCCCUGGAAGAAUUGCAGGCUUUCAAAGAGAGUAUCUAGAAGCAUGCAUUGAUGAGAGUGGAGAAUUUUGUUAUGCCGGUACCAAAACAGGAGAGAUUAUGAUUUUCAAUAUCAAGAAUGCAAUAUAUAGAAACUCCAUUCAAGUCUCGUCGAGUGUCAUGUCCCUGUGCAACGAGAAAGACAUUUUAUAUUGUGGAUGUAGCGACGGCUCACUUAAAAUGCUGCAAGGAAAUGAUACCAAUUGGAAAAUUAAGAAAGAAACAAAGCUUGUAGGAAGAGUCACUUCAUUGAGUUUGCACUCGGAACAACGAGUGAUGAUGGCUGGAACUGACAGUGGAAAAAUUUAUCGGCUCAAUAUGGACACUCUUGAGAAUGAGCUCAUUGAGGAGAGUCAUGUUCGUGAGGUGACAGAUGUGGCAUUUUCCAGUGAAAAGAGUGACCAAUUUUGUUCAUGCUCUUCAGAUGGAACGAUUCGCGUUUGGGACUUGGAAAAUUAUUUCACUCUCAAUACCUUUGUCGUUGCCACUCAAACCUCAAAACCUACAUGUAUCAUUUAUGUGGGUGAAAAGGUCGUGACAGGUUGGUCUGACGGAUUUAUUCGAUGUUUCAACACGAAAACAAAUCAGCAAGAUUGGCAAAUUGUAAACACCCACAAAGGAGGUGUCACUAGCUUGGACUCUGACGGUAAAGUUCUUGUGAGUGGUGGCCACGAUGGUGUCGUAAGACUGUGGUCCAUGCGAAAUCAAGAAAUGUUUGGACAAUUUUCAGACCACACCAAACCUGUGACAGGAGUGAAAAUUGAUCAUGGACAAGCUCAUUUACUUCACACGACGAGCAUGGAUAAAUUUGUCUACACCUACGAUUUACAAAAGAAUAAGAGAAUUGUUUUCCACUCCAUUGCCGAUCGAUCAUGUCCAGGCUUUACAGGAAUUUCACAAAGACUUGAUCAUGAACUUGAAGUGAUCACUUGUGGCGGUGACGGAAAAAUUCGUUUCUGGGACAUUGAUUUUCCAGAUCAAGUAGACAUGCUUGAAGACAAGAAUACUCAAAUUAGCAAUAUCAGUAUUAGUCCAAGUGGAAAAUAUUUAGCCUCUUGUGGAAAUGACGGUCUUGUGAAAGUUUGGGACAUUAAGACGAAACAAGUCAUUGGAAAAGGGUCUUGCACUGCGGUUGUAUCCAAAUGUUCAUGGUCACCCGAUGAAAAACAAAUCAUUACAUGUGCCGUUGAUGCCUCAAUUUCAGUAUGGAAUUUUUAUUUGGAUUGA